AUGAAACAAGUGAAACACGAGGUAAUUGACUUGGACUAUGAGGACAACUGGAGAAAUGCCAAAAAAGACGACGAUGAAGCUUUGUUAAUCGCUCAGAAAAUCAAACAAGAGUUCCGAGAAACUUCUUCAAGUCCUCCACUACAACCUCGAAUUAACAAUCAGUUGGUUUCUAUUUAAAAUUCUUGACUUUGAUUUCCUCAUACACAGCCAAAAAUAAUUAUUUUUCCUCGUAAUCUCAGAAUAGAGUCAGGAAUCCUGAACGCACCUUUUUCUCUAUUUGUUUGCCGGUCUUACCGAACAGGUUUGCUCUCGGCUCGCGAAACGUGCCUUCUUUUCUCGCAGAGCAAAAAUCUUUGAAGGACAAAAAAUAUAGUAUUGUAGUCUACUUAUGCAGAUUUUAAAGGGGAGAAUUGCUUUUUAAAAAGCUAAACAAGUAAUAACUGCCCUAAAGUGCAACCGACCUUAAACGACUUGUAUGAAUCCUGGAAAUGAUGUGGUUAUCAGUUGAAUUAUCAUUUGAAUCAAGAUUUCAGAUUCGAUCCAACUAAAAAUAAAACGGCAAUGCUAGUUAGUUUUAAAAUGAUCUUUUAAGCUUCAGGUUUCAACGAACUUUUGUUUUUCAUGCCAACGACACAAGUCGUUUUACAGUCAGACGCAUAAUAAAGAGUCUUUUAUUUAAUGAAACUCGAUUUUCAGAAAUUCGGAUUCUUCCCGUCAGCAUAAACAGCCAUUAGUCUUCGACCACUUCAUUUGUAUGCGUAUCGGACUGAAUUCCAGAAACAAUGUACAAAGACUGAUGGCCUUAUUGGUACUCCAGAAACUCUAAAAAUUUUUGAGUUUCAUGUUUUUCUCAGACCGCACACGACUUCGUCGAUUUGACAGUUCUUCCCACGCCGUCGCUCCAACCGCCGCCAUUGCCAUUAAUGCCAUUGGGUCAGUUUUACAGUGGUUGAUCUUAACGAAACCUGAAAGUUCAGUGUCUCAGCUUCUGCCGCCUUGCCAUUCCGAACCAUCGACCUCUAAGAAUCCAGAACCAGUUGAUAUUGAAAGUUCGCUUUUGAAAAUGGUUACCACAACAAAGACGAAGAAAACUUUCGUGAGAAAGAUCAUCCAUAGAGCCCCCGUGAGUAGAAUGAUCUUUUCAACUAUUCGAAAACAUUUCUGCAGACGUCGGACAACUGUGGCUUGUUGCCCAUCACGUUGAAAUGUCGCAAGUGCUCAGAAGUGAUACCUAAAGGGACAUCGUGAGCAACCUUUUUUUUCUCUGUUUUCAAUCGAUUUUUUAGAGCGAGCGUGGCAUUAAUACACGUACAGAAGACACAUCUGAAAAUGGCUGCGUUUCAAUGUCGAAUAUGUAAACACUAUCGGACGACACAAGAGAGGGUAAUUUUGGAAUGAUUCCUUCUUUGAGAAAAACUUUUACUAGGGUAGUAUCAUUUGAAAGUGACUGAUAGGUUUCAAAAUCGAGUUUAUUUUGGAAUAGAGUACUUUUGAUGAUCACUUGAGUUUUUUUCUCAAAGGCCUGAUUUUUCUUCAAGAAAAAAAUUUAAUGAAUCUUUUCGAAAAUCUCUGGGAUUUUGGGAUUCUGUUGAUUCAUUUCUAUUAGAUCACAUCUUCAUAAACUGCAACAUUUUUUGUGAACUAUCUUUCUUUAAAAACGUGACAGUUCUCCUGCCUUUUUCAAGUUUUAUCAUGGCUGGUUGAGUUCAUAUGUCGUUUCCCAUCUUCACCCUUAUCUAUUCCUCAAUCCCAUAAAAGCAUAAAGCAGAAGUAAAACUGUUGAAAAGAAAAGCGUUUUGACGUUUGGAAAGUCCAGAAAGAAGUAUGGUUUUUUUUUCCUUUUCAUCAAAGUAGUGACUGAGUGCCGCCGACGGCAACCGGUUGCAUCCCCUGAACAAGCAAGUAUUUGCAUUCGCAAACCUGUUUACGUUGCCGUCGUCGACAUGAGCUGUUAGAAGCAUUGGAAGAACCGCUUUCCACUUGCGAUGAAAAUAAAAUAAGCCGCUUUAGCCAAAGAUGAUGGUCGAAGGCAAUCUUUCCUAAGAAAAAAAUUAUGACGAUUUGAGAAGGAAACUUGACACGGUUUCAGAUACAAUCCCACGUCACAACCGUUCACAAAGCCAAGUCCAACAAGUUUGAUUCUUCUUUGGCAGGUUAG